AUGUCGACGACAACUACGUCGCCGCCCGUGGCUCUCGUUUCAAUAGAGCAAUUGCCACGAGCCGACUCCCCUAGCCAUUUUGAUGCUUCUUCAACGUCACGGACCUCGUUCGAGCUUACGACGCAUGAUGCAGAAGUGGAGAAGCAUCCUAGAGGGAAAAGAAAGAGGACCGCUGCCAAGGACAAGAUGGUUCUCGAGGAAGCGUACCGAAACAACCCAAAGCCCGACAAGCAAGCGCGUCUAGACAUUGUGCAUCGCGUCUCACUCAACGAAAAAGAGGUCCAAAUCUGGUUCCAGAACAGACGACAAAACGACCGCAGGAAAUCGCGUCCUCUCUCGCCGGAAGAGCUUGCUGCCCUCCGCUUUGGUGGCAUGCAGCAUAUAUCUUCUGACCUCGUCACUUCUCCGGAUGGCCUCAUCGCUACCGACGCUCUCGACAGGUCCUUCCCGACUUCCGAUCCGGGCGUCUCACGGCCUUCAGAAUCAGAUCCUGCAUCACCUUCGCUCGGGCCGGCUAAACGCGAGCUGACUCGAUCGUACUCUGACGUGGUCGUUGCCACUCCCAGACACCGCGGAGCUUCUCCGCCGCAGAGUCGGACCCACGAGGCAUCCUCUCGGAGAUCCGACGAUAGCUUUGAAUCCCUGUCUCGCUCAUUCUCCAACCCUGUUGGCUAUCUUGCCAACCGGUGGAACUUGGGAAGCUCAUUCUCUACACCUUCAACCCUUGGUCGUGGCGUCGACGAUUCUCUCAGGCUUGAACCGUUCCAACCCUCAUCUUGCUCAUCCGACAAGACAGACAGUUCCAGGAGCAAGUCUCAGUCCCGGUUUCGCUUAUCCUUGUCUUUAGAGGGCAAAGCCGAGCUAAUCUCGCACCACCAAACAUCCCCUUCGCGUCAGUCACCAUCACUAUCGCCGCCUUUACUGUUUUCGAGUGCCCAGCCUCGGCAACGGGCCGGUCUAUCGCGAAGCCAUAGUGCCCUACCGAGCGUUACCCUUCCUCCCAUCACUGCCUUGACCAACUCCCUACCUCCGCGGCUUCCCCGCGGACGCUCUCGAGAUGUACAGGCUUGGGAAUCUUGCGCGGACUCGGAGAAGCGGGAUGAGCUGAUGGCUCAGGCUGAGCAUGAGUCGAGCGGUUCUGCCAUUGCUGCCAUUAGCCUUCUGAGGUCGUCGAGCGGCAUCUUGCAACCUAGUUCGGCAAAGCGCAACGCAUCCGUGUCUCGACCUCCACGACCGCAUCAAGCGAAGAAGGCCAAACUCAGCCGGGCUAGUUCGACAUUUGCGCGCUUGGAAACCGGGAAACCGGCAGUCGAUCCGGAAAAGCUCCGUCAGAACACGGCCGGCAAGGUCAAUGUAUCAAUGCUUGUGUCUCCCACGGAUUCUGACAAGGAGAACUGGAGCCCGGACGAGGACGGCACUCCUCACCGAGGCCAUCGCCGACAGCCAUUGCCUGGCAGACCAGAAUUCAAGAGCACAAAUCCGCGGCGUGCCGGGCGCGUCUUGCGAGACCAAAAAGUCCCACCGAUGCUCGGAAAUCGCGCCAACACGGCACCUUGCCGCCCCUCUUUGGCCACCUCCAAAGCCAGUCCCAGCGUCAGGAUUUUUGAAGAUGGGAACCCUGGGCAGCGAAACCGCCGCGAAGAUGACGUUGAGAGAUUUAUGCGAGGCGAGGUCAGCCCCAGCAAGAAACCAGACAUGGACUGUGUCGCCGGUCUGCUUUCCCUCAGCCAAGGAGCAUGGAGAUGA